AAACACUUGAGUGCUCACGUGCGCACACACACACACACACACACACGCACACUACCGGAAACUCGGACUGAAUUUGACAGACUAGGGAUACUACGACUAAUCCAAUUAUUAUUGUUACUAACACUAACUCAGGACUAACUAGUGCUACUACUAAUAAUCAGCAUGGCGUAUUGGUGGAGUUUCUCGGCUGAGACGUGGGCUCUGAUCGUGAUCCUCAUCAGUCUCAUCCUGCUGUAUGGGUACUGGCCGUACGGUUUCUUUAAGCGUUUGGGAGUUCCUGGUCCUAAACCCAUACCAUUCUUUGGAACCAUGUUAGAAUAUCGUAAGGGAAUCCACAAUUUUGAUCUGGAGAGUUUUCAGAAGUACGGCAAGAUUUGGGGUAUAUAUGACGGGAGACAGCCAACCCUCUGUGUCAUGGACACAGAGAUCAUCAAAACUGUCCUGAUUAAAGAGUGUUACUCUCUCUUCACCAACCGCAGAAAUUUCCGUCUGAACGGUCCUCUGUACGACUCCGUGUCCAUCGUUGAGGACGAGGACUGGAAGAGAAUCAGGAGUGUUCUCUCUCCAUCGUUCACCAGUGGAAGACUGAAGGAGAUGUUUGGAAUCAUGAAGUCACAUUCUCGCUCUCUGACUGAAAAUCUGCAGAAGGUGUCUGAGCGAGGAGAAUCAGCAGAUAUUAAAGAGUUUUUUGGAGCAUACAGUAUGGAUGUGGUGACGAGCACAGCGUUUAGUGUCGAUAUCGACUCCCUGAACAACCCCAAAGAUCCGUUCGUGACCAACAUCAAGAAAAUGCUGAAGUUCGACUUACUCAACCCUCUGUUCCUUGCUGUCGUGUUGUUCCCCUUUAUUGCUCCGGUGUUGGAGAAAAUGGAUUUUGCCUUCUUCCCGACUGCAGUGACUGAUUUCUUUUACGCCUCACUGCGAAAGAUCAAGUCUGAGCGUGUGGUCAAGGAUAAUAAGAAACGAGUGGACUUCAUGCAGCUGAUGAUCGAUUCUCAGAAAUCAGAAACAGACGAUCUGGACAUCAAAGAGACAAACAAAGGUCUGAAUGAUCAUGAGAUUCUGUCCCAGUCCAUGAUCUUCAUCUUUGCUGGUUAUGAGACGAGCAGCAGCAGUCUAUCCUUUCUUUUCUACAAUCUGGCCAGUAAUCCAGAGACGAUGAAGAAACUCCAGAAAGAAAUCGAUGAAACCUUCCCUAAUAAGGAUGAAGUUGAUUAUGAUACAAUGAUGAACAUGGAUUAUCUGGACGCUGUUCUGAGCGAGUCACUGAGGUUGUACCCGGUUGCUCUUCGUCUGGAAAGAGUCUGUAAGAAAACUGUGGAGAUAAAAGGCCUCACCAUCCCAAAGGACGUCGUCGUACUGGUCCCCACUUACGCCCUACAUAGAGACCCUGAAUACUGGGCUGAUCCAGAGACCUUUAACCCUGAGAGGUUCACUAAGGAGAACAAGGAGAGCAUCGAGCAGUAUGCCUACAUGCCGUUUGGUUUAGGACCCAGGAACUGCAUCGGGAUGAGGUUUGCCCUUGUGGUCAUGAAGCUGGCUGUUGUUGAGAUACUGCAGAGAUUCGACAUCAGUCUUUCUGAGGAGACGAAGGUUCCUCUGGAGCUGAACAACAACGGACUUCUGGCUCCUAAACACCCCAUAAAACUUAAAUUCACACCCCGGAAAAUGUCCAACUCCAGCAACAACAAACACAUUAACAUCUAGAGCCUCUGAUUACACUCUAUAUUUAAAAUUUAAAUUCAGGUUAGGCAUAUAAAAUAAUAAAAAUAAUAAAAAUAAAUAAAUAAAAUAAAAUGAUGAUUAUGAUAAAUAAAUAAUAAUAGUGAUAAUUAUUAUUAUUAUUAUUAAUAAUAAUAACAAUAACAAUAAAUUAAUUAAUAAAUAAUAGAGUUAAUUCCAGUGUGAGAAACACUUUAUAGUAAUGUUUAUGGUAAAUGUUUAAAGUGUUAAAUGUUGAAUCGUAUCUCUCUCAUUAUCACACUGUCACAGAGAGAUUUAAUAAUCACACAGAUUUUUCUUCUGAUUUUGUUGUGAUGGAACAUUAAUAGUGUAUAUAUAUUGUGUGUGUGUAUAUAUAUAUUAAUAGUGUAACAUAACAGCAGUAACUAUUUCAGAUUUUGUGUGUGUGUGUGUGUGUGUGGAGUUUCACACAUUCUCUUCAUGUCCUAGGUUUUGCUGCCCAGUUACACUAUGCCAUGUUUGUACCUUUUUUUGUAACCAGUAGUUCACUGCUAUUUGUAUUAUCUUCUCACAAAAUUGUCUGUCAGGAUAAAUAAAGUCUUG